GGUCCCGGGCAGCUCCCUCGCAGCGCUUCUCCCGAAUCUCGUUCUUGCUUCAACAGUGUUUGGACGGAACAGAUCCGGGCCCCUCCCCCAGCUCCCCUCGCUUUCCUGCAGCCCGUCCGCCCCCGCGAUCAGCCGUCUCCCGGACCAGCCGCCUCCUCUUUUCUCCAUCGGUACCAUGAGCUCCAGCUCCCAGAUCCGCCAGAACUUCUCCUCCGAGGCCGAGGCCGCGCUCAACCGGCUGGCCAACCUCUACCUGCAGGCGUCCUACUCCUACCUGUCCCUGGGUUUCUAUUUCGACCGGGACGAUGUCGCCUUGGGGAGGGUGUCGCAUUUCUUCCGGGAGUUGUCGAAGGAUAAGCGCGAGGGCGCCGAGCGCCUCAUGAAGCUCCAGAACCAGCGCGGGGGCCGGGUUCUCCUUCAGGCUGUGCAGAAACCUGCCCAAGAUGAGUGGGGCCGAAGUUUGGAGGCCAUGGAGGCUGCCCUGAACCUGGAGAAGGGUCUGAACCAGGCCCUCCUGAAGCUGCACGCCCUGGGCUCGAGCCAAGGGGACCCUCAACUCUGCGACUUUCUGGAGAGCCACUACCUGGGCGAAGAGGUGAAGCUGAUGAAGCGCCUGGGCAACCACCUGACCACCCUGCGCCACCUGCAGGCCGACCCCCAGGCUGGACUGGGCGAAUACCUCUUUGAAAGGCUGAGCCUGAAGCAGGACUAGGAGGGGCUGCAGGCUGAAAAGAGCACCCUCCCCCCCCCCAGGGAGAGGGCACACCCCAAUAAAGCUCGCUAGCACAUC